GUUCCUGCCUACAGAUCAUUCGCGAGAGUCGACUCGGUCGCACGUAAUGUUCUCCUCCGGUUCCAGUAUGCAUUCGAAGUGCGCUGGUCCGCACGCGUGAUUCGUUUUUGUGUUUUUUCACCCAUAUUUCCUCGGUUUCGCUCUCCGACAGCAGAUAAUAACAAUUCCGUAGUAUUAUUAUUGUUGCCGUCGCCGUCGUCUCACGCACAUUCAGUUAUCGAUGUAAUAAUAAUAUUAUUAUUAAUAUUGUACAAUAGGUUAAUUCUGCUGUAGCGCACGCGGAUUAAAUACGCGUCGAGAUAAACCGCAUAUCGAUAGUCCGCCGUCAUGUGUGUUUAUACAUAAAAACGUGCUCGCCCUCUGCGCAAACCGUUCAGUCGCGUAACCCGGCCCGUUAACGAGACAUUUGCUCAAACAAGCGCCAACGAGGAACUCGAUCGGACUUUUUGCUGUUUCGAAGUGUGUAUUAAAUAGUAACCGGUGAGUGUACAAUAAUAACAAUAAUAAUAAUAUUCAAAAUACCAUAAUUAUUAUUGUCGCCGACGGCAAUACGAAAUAGUUUUGCGUUUCAAGUAGAGCUCGAGUCAACGAUUUUCGUUAAGUAUAGUUAUUCGUAAUGUACAAGCAAAUUCGAUUUUGAAAACACAUAUAGGCACACUUCUUGUACCAUGUACAAUGUUACACAAAAUAUUUAUGCAUUUGCGCAAUUCAGACCGCUGACCGAGUAAUAAAAGAUGUGUAAAAUUGUGAACAUUGUGUAAAUAAACAUCCCAAACGUCGAUUUGUGUCGAGCCCAUUUUCCUUGGGACGACAACGUUAAGAACGUUAUUAUAUAUUAUUCGUAGUUUUCUUCGAGCCGUUAUGUUACAAUACAUUAACAUCAACAUAUACAGUUCGUAUAUGACAUUCGUCGAGUUUUAACCGCUGUACUUAUUAUAAUUCAAAUAAUAUCACGUUCUAAAAUGUGAUUCACAUUAAUUAAUAGGUUAGGUUAUAAGUAUACACACAUAAUAAUUAUACAACCGGAAUAUAAUUUAAUUUAUCAUGCACGAUAACACCAUUAUUACAAUAUAGAUAAACACGUGUUAUAAUGUUGGUAUUAUUAUUUUUUUGUACAUAUUUUAUAGCUGUUCCGGAUACCCGGCGUAAAAAUGGAAAAUUGGAAAAAAAUUACGUUUUUUGUCGCCGUGUUUGCGUUUGUCCGAGAAUUCCGACCGAUCGAACCGUUUUACGCGGCUUACAUGACAAGUCCUUACAUAAAUUGUACAGUAGAACAGGUAAUUCGUUAUAUUAUUUCAAGUAUAUUCAGUCAUUUUUUUUGUUCUUGACGAAAACAAUUACAAUUCAUUCGUACACCCUACGCCCGUUAUAUAUCGCGCUUAAAACACUAUGUAUUUGUAUAUUUUGCUAGUCGGAUAUUUCGUGGUAUACGGACAAGGUUGGGCAAAACACUAGAAAAAAUGUAUUUUGAUACAUUUUACAAGACAGAGUAAAAAACUAAAAAAGAUGCAAGAUAUUUUUAAUCUUCGUAAUCUUCGAUUUGGCGAAAAUUCUGUUAUGACUUUUAAUAAUAAUGUAAUUUAUUCAUUUAUAAAUUCAUUGCUCAUUUUAAUUACUAAUUAGGUUGCCUAUAUAAAUAAUUUAUUUAGAUAUUUAUUAAGUGUAAUUUAAUUGUUAUUUAACUGUUUUAUAUAAAUCUUAUUAACAGUGAACAUAAAUGAUCGUAUAGGAUUUUUCAUUAGUUUAAUUUUGUUUUUGUAAUUAUACCGAAAAUGAUUUAUGUAGGUAUAUUGCAUCUUUUAAUAUGAAAAGAUUCUUGAUUUCGUAAUUAUAAGUAUUUUGAUAUAAGAUACAUUACAUAAACUAAGAAAGAUAUAAGAUAUACAAAGAUACUAUUGUAUCUUCGAUACUGCCCAAUCUUGCACACUGAAAUAUAAUAAACAAUAAUUUGACAAUGUAAACCCUCGAUAGAACUCGUAUUUUUGCAUAUUAGAUAUGCAAUCAUUCAAUUUAUUAGGUUUAUUCAGAUAUCUUUUAAAUUUGAGUUUAUAGAAAAAUUAUUAUGGAGAAAAUGAUUUUAUUAAAUUCUGAGAAUUGCGUAACGUUUUACUACCUAUGAUGUGUGUUUUUAUUUUUAUUUUUGUGUCUGUAAACCACACUUUUUGACCAAAAUACCUAAAUAACUAUAAAAAAACUCUAUAAGGACUUACUUUUAGAACUUUAGAGCUAGUUGAUGUUUUGAAAGGAUCCAUUUAUUGAUUUUACUUGUAUUUUUAUUAAUAAUGGUGAAAAAUCGGAGGAAAAAAUCUUUAGUAUAACAGUAAUAUUUACGCAAUAACGGUUACUGUUAAUUUCGAUUAUUGUUAUUUUGUUGUAGUUAAAUGAAAAAUGAUCGUAAAUGAUAACAACAAAUUUAUAAAUUUAAUGAUAACAAAGUACCUAAUUAAAAUGGUUACAUAAAUCGUAUUUUAGUGCAAUAGUUUUGAAGUAUUUUCGAAACAUAAUAUUAUUGACAGUUUAAACACGUGUUUUAAUGGUUUUAUAUACUCAGUGUAUACAUAUUUUGUAAAUCAUUUAUAACGUGUAUAUGAUAUGAUGGCGUUCGAACGGUUUGAAAUAAAAUCUUUUAGCAAUUAAAAUGUAUCAUAAUCAUGUAAACAUUUUAAAACGGUUUAAAAACCAUAAUUUAGCCAGGAUUUAUUAAGGGGGGAGGGGUUAUGGAGAGUCUGGUGACUUGAUGGAUUUACAUUCUACAACCUCCUUAUCUAACUAAAAAACAACGAAGAGGUUUCAACACCCGAAACCCUCCCUGCAUACAACCCUGACUUAUUAUAUUGUGUUUGGAUACAAACAUCCUCUUGAAAGUACAUAAAUUCCGUAUCUAUAUAACCAUUACUCGAAUUUGAAAAAUUUAAAGAGAGGGACUGAGACUUAAAACAAAAUCGGUGUUUAUUGCAAUUAUUAAACUCAUAUUUGCUCAAUUAUAUUCGUGUUUAUACGAAUAACGCCAAAAAAAUAAAAAAAACAUAGAUGAGAUCCAUCUCUUUGAGCACCACUCAAUUCAACUACUGCAUAUAGCCUAAUUACGAAUAAUAACUACUAUAGUAUAGUACUCAUGAACAAUUUAUACAGUAUAAUUUAUUAUUUACAGGGUAAUUCACUCAACUAGAAACACUCAUUAUUUUGAAAAGUAUUAACUUUUUAUUAUUGUUUUAGAACUAUUUGUUUUGAAGUUUUCAAAAAAAAAAUUCCAAAAAUACUUAAUAAUUGUUGAGAUUAGGAGUGUUUCCAGUUGAGUGAAUAACUUUAUAUACUGUAAAAACGUGUAGUAUAAAGUGAUUAAACAUUAUGGAUAAUAUUUGAACGAUUUUUUUAAACAUAUGCCGUUAUAGUCAGUUUUUUAAUUUAAAAAAAAAAUUGUUGAUAAAUCCAAGAAUUCUUUUAAAUAAAGUUCCACCCAGUAAAAAAAAUCCGCAAUUUUUAAAACACGUCGUGAAUAUUUUGACGGAUACUAAUGGAAAAAGGGUUUACGAGAAAAACAUAUCUUAGUAAAACUAUUAAUAAAUUAAAAUAUAAAAUUUUAAUAUAGUGGGACAUUGGCGUAAUGAAAUAAUUUUAACAUUGUACCACGUCUAUAAAUUGUUAAUGUUAGUAUUCUGUGAAAAUAUUAAAUCUCUGUGAUUAUUUUUAACCAAAUUACAAUUAAAAAUUUAAAUUAAAAAUAACGAAAAUCGUAAUUGCGUAAAUUUUCACGGUUUCCGAAAGAAAACUGCAAGGAAAUUAAAAAUAUUACUUCCUAAGUAUAAUAAUUAGACAAAAUUGUCACAAAAAUCAUCCCUUUAGUGAAUAAUCGGAACAAGAUUCUGAUGGAAAAUUGUAAAGAUACAGAAAAAAUAAGAAAUAAAAAAAUAAAAAUCAUAUCAUUGUAAAACCGAUACAUUCCUCGUUGCGCUAUGAAUCUAAAAAACCUUCGCUGUUUACGUCGUUUUUAUUUUGAAAUAAAAAUCAAAAAAUAAUAAUUACCUACUCACAAUAUUUGUUUUAGGUACUAUGUAAUUAAUUAGUUUUUAAAACAUAAUUAAGUACAGUAAAACGUAAAAUAGCGAACACAAAGGUUAGGUUAGGUUAGGUGCGCGUCUAUCUAAUGUUAAUUCAAUCGAUCAGCUACAAUUUUAAAACAAAGCAUCGUAUAUUCUCUUGACCUAUUAAAUUAAAUUUAAAAUGUAAAAAACAAUAACUCGGGAUAAUCGGUAAUUGAUGCUUGACAACAAGUGGUUUAAUGCGUUAAAUUAAAGUGAAAAAAGUUAAUACGUUGUAAAAGGAUUAAUUGAUUUGUUGUUUAUAGUCAAAGAAGUGAAUAAUUCGCAGUAGUAAAACUACACGUGGAAAAAAAUAGAUUUUUUUUAACAUUAUUUUUUUUUUUUUUAUCAAAAUCAUACAAUUUAGAUAACAUAAUUCAGUUUUUAUUUUAAAGACUUUAAGUCUGUAACGUUUUGUAUAUUUAUUAACAAAUUAAUAACAAUACAGUAAUAUAGAAACAAUAUUGCACCUUAUAAUUGUAUUUUCCCUAUUUAUAAUAAUUAGUAUGUAUUAUUUUAUUUAAAAUUUUAAACACAGCGAGGGAACUGAAUUAGUAAUAUAAGCUUAAAAAAUCCAAGGGAACUUGCACCCUUUUUCCUCUACUAAAUGGAUUGGCGAUCUCUGUAAUCAUCGGGAUAAUGAGGUAAAGUAUGAUAUUAAUUUUGAAUGUCAACAUCAUACCUGGAGUUUAUUGAAUUAGAAUUAUUCUCCGUUAUCUGAAUAAUAUUUUGAUUUUCCGAACUUUAUACAAUAAUGCUAUAACAAUUUACUUAUAGAAAUAUUUAAUUAUUCUAAUUUUAAUAUUUUACGAACGCAUCUAGGUAAAAUAAUCAUAGAUAGAGCUUCUUCGUUAUAACAAGAUUCCAAAUCUCACGUAGUUGUUAAAUAUAUUAAAAUUAAAUGUUGAUGUAGUUUAAAUAUUUUUUUAUCGUGGUUGAAUUUAUGCUAUUAUACAUAUAGUUUUAUCACAUAAUACUUUUAUAAUUCGGGUCAGCUUAAAUUUAAUCCGUAGUUAUCGUUUUUGUUUUUUACUAUUCAAAACUCGUUAGAGUUUACUUACUCCAUGGAUCACACUUACACCACCCUUAUCACCCCGCUGAAAAAAAGAUUUAACUAAAUAUUUCAAGGAGUUCAUAGUUAAUAAAACUAUAUUAUAGUUUAUAACAAAUAACAACCAAAUCAUUAAAAAUAUCAAAAGUAUCCAAGGUAUAUAAUAACUGCAUCUAUAAAAAAUUAUAAAUAUGCACUUUAAAUUAGCUUUUUACCCUAAAAUUAUAAUAGUAAUUUAACUACGAACUAUUAAAUAAUAUAUUUUAAUAAAAAUAGGCAUUUAAAUAAAUAUAUUGAUUUAAUUGUAUCCAAUAAUGGAAAUGCAUUACUUCUAGAAGAUUAGGAGGUAAAACGGGGUUAUCGAACCAGGGGCUCCGAACUCCUACUAGUAGGAACCCUAGAUGGGUGAUUUCCACAUAUGAUGUUGUUUCUGUAGGGUUGAGAAAUUCACUUUAUAGUUGAAAAUACCAUUCUCCCUGUGGGAGGGGAAAUAAUCUCCCAAUACUCCUAUGGCACAUUUCCGGUCAUAAGAGAUAACAAAUGGCAUUGUGUCUGGUCAACAGCCGGAGCAAAAUUCUGUCAAACAGUAUGAAGAGUUCUAAAGAAGACUUUGGUGGAUUGUCCCAUUUUGGGUUAUGUGUAGGGACAACAUGUGAGAGGAAAGAGGAAGUAUCAUAAAGUAUGAUAUAGCUUUGAUGAGCGAAAAUUUAAUCUGGAAUAAACAAACAGACUUAGCGGUCAUAGGUGAAGUUAAGAAUUUUAAGUACCAAGGAUCUUUUGAACGGGUCAAGUGGAAGUUUAGAACGAGGAUGGCUGAUCCCAAAUAGUUGGGAAGAAGACGAACGAGAAGAAGAAAAAGAAGAAGACAUAACUUCAAGGAGGCUUUUAAAAACCUGUGUAUGAGGGAAAAUAUAAGCUCAAAACGAAACAAAAAAAAAAAUGCUCUCAGGUGAAAUAUCAUCCAUAUCAUUGUAAACACGUCGCUGAAUAAAGAAAUCGGUAUUUUUGGAAAAAAAAAAAAACAUUAUAGAAACCAGAUCACGUUCGAUAAGCAAGAUUUGCUCGCUAUUAUUAGUUUAUUUACAUUACCUUAUGAUUUGAUAAUUUUAUCAUUUGUUAAAUAGAAUUUCGUCAUCGUUAUUUAUAUGAAAAUAAUUUAUUCUCCUACACGUAGGUGGGUGCAGUGUUAAAAUUGUAAAGCACCUAAAAUAUGGAAACAUAAAACCGUCACAUUAUUGUUAUACAAAACGUUCGUGCACGAUAAUAGUGCUGUUACGCUUUAAAUGAUAUCCGUUGUACAAACGCAAUAUGUAAUGUUUAAAAUAAAUGUAUCAUUAUUUAUAUUUAUUUUGAUGUUUAGGUGCCGAAGGAACUCUAUGCCGUGGGUUCGUAUUCUAUGUUUGUGUUGAUCAUAAUUAUAUUUUUGGUCACGGAUUAUGUCAAGUACAAGCCGGUGUUAAUUAUUGACGGAAUCGGCGGAAUACUUCAUUACGUCGCCAUUGCGAACCGUCCUUCAAAACUCCGAAUACAGGUAACCUAAUGAUAAUAAUAAUAACAAUAAAAUAAAUGUAUUAAUUCGUUUUUAUUUUAAAAUAUUAAUUUCUUUUGUUUUAUUCAUUGUUAUCAAACACACCGACUGGUGACGAUAGUUCAUAGAGGUAGGUACCUACCUACCUAUAGGCGUUGGGUAUUAUAGGCGUACAUUAUGAUAUUUGUUGGUAACGAUGCAAAAAUAAUAAUAUAUAAACUAAAUAUGAUAGUAUAUGGUACUUGCAUAAACGUUAUGCCUAACGAGAAAGACAAAUGUUCUUCAGAAUACGAGGUCAAUUAUUGUAAAAGUCGUCAUUUUAUAAGUUACAAAGUUCAUUGAGAUUAAAAACAAAGAGACAACGUUGACAUAGGUACCUAUACAAUAAUAUAUUGUUUUAAUUCAAUUUGUUCGUUUUAGAAAUAACAUUAAUAUUACAAACGUGUGAUUCAAACUACUAAUCACGCGAUCUUGGUUUGUUUCUGGUAGCUAGGUACAUCUUUAAGGUAUAGGUAGGUAUUAAGGCGGUAUUCCGGCGACAUGGUGUGUCGUGUCUUGUGUUUUUACCGUAUUCCGAUUGGUCUUAGAUUUUCUUCGAUUUACAAUUUUCGAUAGAUGAGAGAUGUACUUAUAUUUUCUCUACUCUGGGUUAUAUCAAUGGUUGAUUUGUCGGUAUUAUCAGCGUUUAUUUCUGUGGACACGACACAACACACGAAAUCGCUGGAACAUCACUUUUAGGUAUUCGAGUGUUUAGAACUUUGGUUAUUAUUGAAAUAGGUAAUGCGAUUUUUAAUUUUUGUAAAAAAAUCAAAAAGCACCGUUUACAUUGAUUACCUCCCAUUAAAUAGGUACGUGAUAAGGGUGACUGUAACAAUCGAUAGUCGCACCUGUGAUAAUAUCAAUAAUAUUACCACCAUACUGAAUCUGUUUUAAGUCACCGAUCACAAAUCGUGGAUUUUUGUAUCGACCUAACGUGAAACUAUCAUUAUUGGUUCUCUUUCUCUACAUAUAAAAAAAAAAAAAAGAGUUAAUUCAUGUUUUUACACAAUAUUUUGAUUAUUUCUAAAGUUUAUUUCUAUUUUGAUUUUGUUCUUUUUUUUGUUUUUCAUUAAUUAUACUAGCAUAACUUUGUACUCGGAUGAAACGUAAAUCGAUUGCCUAAUAAUUUUAAAAUAUUAUAGAGAUAUAUUGCUAAUUUCCCAUCGCCGAAAACUGUAGAACAUUCGAGCAGUCCAACAAGCGACCGACUCGACCCCAGUUUGAUAAGAUAAUAAUGUUAUUUUAGAUAGGAAAAUCGUACGGUGCGUUUAUCAUUAUUAGAGAACCUAUGCCAAUCCAAUGUGCUACGGUUUGGUUAAUAUAUAUUUUGUUUGACACAUUUGAGACAACACAGUCAAACACUGGUGCAAAACUAAUAAUGAAAAAAUAAAAAAAACCCAAAUUUGGUGUUCAAUAACUUCUCAACAUUUUCACUAAUUACACAAUACAAAUACAGCACCAGUGUAUACGUAGAUAUAGCUGAGAUAAUUUUUUAAAAAAAUAAUGUGACUAAUUAAAAUUCAUCAUUUAAAUGUUGAAGUAAUUAAUUGUCUACACAAUUUUGAAAACAUUGUAAAUGUAAUCAUUAUAAACGAUUCUGUAAUGAACGAAAAUCGAUUAUUGUGCUCAAAAUAUUCGUACAAAUAAUCGCUGGACAAUGGCAAAAAAAUCGCACAAUUAUGUGGAUCACCGGCGUAAUAAUAAUAAUUAUAUAAUUACAAAAAUACCACGAUAAUAAUAUUGUACGCUUUAUAACGCCGAUUUUUUAAAUUUUUUUUGUAUACAUUUUGUAUUCGUUUUAUAAUUAUCUUAUUGAAAUAGUAAAAUACCAAAAUCGAAUUAAUUACCUACCUAUCUAAAAAUGUGUCUUUUGUGUUUGAAAACUAUUUUACAGUUUGGACAGGCGUUUUACGGGUUCUUCUUUUCCGCGGAAGUCGCUCUGUUCGGAUACUUGUACGCAAUGAUCGAGGAAAAACAGUUUUAUCAAAAAAUCACCGGUCACGCGAGAGCUGCUACGUUGAGCGGGAAAUUUUUCUCGUCGUGUGUCGCCCAACUCCUCGCCAUGGCGUACGGUUCUCCUCCUUUCAACGCGCUCGUAUACAUGUCCAUUUUCGGUACGUACAGUUUUAUGAACAAAACGUAACUGCAUAAAUUACUAUUACGCAAAGCCAUCGGGCUCGGGCUUGUCAUCAAAAUCGGGCUCAGGCGAAGAGCGUAUUUCAAAAAAAGUGUGGAAAAUCUUGAAUUGGAAAUGAACAGAUAUAUAGAGUAGACCGAGUAGAGAUUACCUAAGAGCGGACAUUUUUGUACUUCCGAAGUAGCUGAAACGCCUUUUUACGAUUCUAAUAAUAAAUGUAAUACUAAAAAAAAAAAUAAUAAUAAUUUUCAUACGUUUUUUGAAAACACUUGUUUUAUUAUAUAAACGUUUCAAUUUAUCGAAAUUUUCGGCAUUUUCGGUUCAUUUCCUAUAACCUGUUUUUCGUUGUUUGAUUUUUGUUGAUUUCUGGAUAACCAUUUUGUCAACAAGGAAAAAAACACGACUUAUACUACUUUGUUCAGUAACGCCACAAUAAAUAAUUAUGUUAUGAUUAAUAAAUGCGAUUUCGUAAUGAUUUUAAAGUAACUUUGUUUAUACAUUAAUUAUUCAAGGUUGAUAAUUCAAAAACUAUAAUACCUAUAUACGAUAAAUAUUAACCGUAGACUAAUAUGAUUGAAUAAUGAUCAGGAAGGUACCAUUUGACAAAUCAUUAUACAUAAUAUAUUGGUAUAGAUAUUUAUUUUUUCAACGAAAUACGAAUAAUUUCCUAUCGAAUUGUAUUCCUUAAUUUUGCAAGAAUUGUCACUUCCCACAUACGUAUCUUAAUGUGUUUAUACGAUGCAGACUCGUUGUAGAGGGAAAUAGGUGGCGGUGGAUCUGCGAUGGUUUGGAAUAUAAUAGGUACAUCUUUAAAAAACAAAAAAACAAAAAAACAAACUAAUAUGAGCGUUUUAAAUUACUAAACAUCGGCGCAUCUAUAUGACGUACAACAGUAUUAAUAAUUGCAGUAAAGUAAAAAUAACAUUACAAUUAAUAAUACAAAUCAUAGAUUAAAAAAUAUAACAGUCGACGAUUGGUAUAUUAUAAUAUUAUGUUGGUAUAUUUUUACAACAACUAUAUACAUACAUUCUAAACUAUAAUUAAACUAAUUAUUGAAGAUUUAUAGAAUUUAUUACAUGGAUUAAUAACCAUAAUAUACUAUGCAAGCGUAAUAUUAUAAUAUAUUCGAAUUUCGUUUCGUCGAUUUAGCUAUCUUAUUUUAUGUACAGUUCAUAAUGCAUAACAGUAGGUCAACGUUUAAAAUAUAAACUUCUAGCCUCGACGUUCGGAGGCGUUUGGCGAACCAUCGUUUCCUCUCCGAUAACGUCUGCCAAUCAAAUCGACUCCUCUUCUUUACUAGUAAUGGAGAGAAUUUCAGAGUGCUUUUUCUACGACGGUUCCUUCGCAUCUCUCAUCCACCUACCAACUUCCAUAUUAUGAUUGCCCCCUGCACGUUCCGUCUCCGGCGAUCCACAAAUAUCGACCCCUCGUUCUCGUUUUUUUGUUAAAUUACAUUGUACAAUAUUUAUUGUUGACGCCCCGUUGAUUACAUUACACCUGUAUUGUUAAGUGAACCUCGUCCGUUAUGCAAAUAAUAUACAAUUAAAUAAAUUUAAGUAAUUGCGUAAUAUUACAAUGUUGCGCGUACGAACCGCUAAUAUGUGGUUGUUUCAGUAGCGUAAUUAUGGGAUGAUACCCCGGGGCCCUGGACUUGGAGGGCCCCAAAAAAGCUCACGUAUACACAAGUUGCAUUUACAGUAUGAAAAUAUGAGAAAAUUUUUCAAUAGAUAAAUUGUUAUAAUAUUAUGUACAAUUUUUGUAGGCAUUUUAUUAAGACUAGAGUUAGAUUUUACACGUGCCAAUAAUAAGAGUGCAACGUACCUAAUAAAAACAAUAUAGAUACUCAUAGUGAGUCAUAUUCCGUAAAACAUUUAAAAUUAAUAUAAAUAAGAAUUUUUUUUUUUAAAUUUUACGAUUUACGUAUUUUCAAACAGUUAUGUUGCUCUUGUUAUUUGUUCUUAUUAUUAUUAUUUUUUAAAUGUCAAUACUUUUCGUGAUAUGAUAGGUAGUGUCUUACAGAAAAUGCAUGUUGAUUACAUAUAUCGAUAAACAGAUGAGAGAACAAAACUUGUUACGGCACCGGCGCCCCAAAUUUAUAGUUUUAUGCCAGUGGGUUGUUUCCAAUAAGUUAAAAAGAAUAUACUUGCGUAAGUUAAGUAUCAAAGAAAUAUUAUUAUAUAAUAUUAUAGUUAUAAUAUAACUUAAUAGUUGUUAUAAUAUAACUAUUAAGUUAUAUUAUAACAACUAUUAUUAAUUACACGGAAAUAAAACUUAUUUUAUAUCUAUUUCAUUUGUAAAAUAGAUUUUUACCGUCUUGAAUAUGUACGGUUUUAUUAAAAAUUCAUAGAAAUAGUACACAGGAGCAAAUAUUGUACCAGUAUGCAUCAACAGCGCAAACGGUUCAAUGACCAAUACCUACUAUAAUACGUAGGUAUACACGCUAUAAUAUAUUUUUAUCUCGUGAGGAAACGGUUUACAUAAGUAUAAAUUAUGUAUUAACUUGUAGGUAGACAAGUAUGCGUAAAAGAAUUACACAAAUAAUUAUCAUAAUGAAACGCAUAUUUUCUAAGGUUAAGGACGAAUGUGAAAAAUUGUUUACCUAAUCGACAGAAUUAUAUAACUAAUAUUUAAUUUAAGACUAAGGUCGAUAAUAUGAUAACAAUCUCGAUGAUAGAUAACAGAUUAUUAUAACCAGAGUCGGAUCUAUAAAGCACUAUCAACACAAAAUAAACACUUUAAUAAGCCCUUAAAAAGGUUCAAACAAAUGUUUAAUAAAGCAUUUUCAAAUUUCAUGUUAAAAUUAAUCUUUUUAAAAUUACAUUUGAGGAUUUUUCUCAUCCCAUGCCCAGAAAUGACCUACCGAAUAAAUAGAUAAAAUAAAACCAAACGUGUACUUAAUUUUUGUCACUGGCUUACCGCUUAAGUCAUCACAAAGUAGAUAAUAUGCAGAAAAAACUAGUAAAACGCAUUUUUUUUUUUUUUUUUUUACCAUAGAAAUAAUUAAAGAAAGCAUUUUAUAAGUACAAAAUUUAACGCGUUGUAACAUGGCAAUUCAAGGCCGGUGUUGUUAAUUUUUUACACGUAGCAAGUUCAUUUUGUGACACUCUUCUUAUAUAAUCCACUAGAAUUUUAAGGAGGAGGAAAGGACUAAUAUUAAUAAGCAAAAGAACCUAACAAAUCUUUCGAGCUCUUGGGCAUUUCAUAGUAUUUUACAAAUUUGAAAUUCUUCUUAUAUAUUUUCGUUCGUGUAUAAUAUGUUUUGGACCACAUGCCUAUUCUAAAAGCUAUUCUAAAAUUGCAUUUAAUAGUUUAGUACUAAAACUUUGGUGAUAUUAACACUAUAGCCAUUUAAUUAUGGCUAUUAUAUUUUACAAUAUUUUAUAACAUACAAUAAUGAUUUAAUAAUGAAUUUUUAAAUAAAUAAUGAGUAUACAUUUUUAAAUACCUGAACAUAUACAUGUUUCACACCAAUGGUGGCUGACUGUUGUAAGUAGUAAUUUUAGAAGGCAUUGGAUUUACGAUAAUAAAUUGCAAUUUAUCUAUUGAAAGUAACAAUAGAUCAUUGUGAUCAAAACACGAUUCUGAGUGGUGUUCGGUAAACUAAUAAGUUGCAGCCAAGGUAAUCAAGAUAUGAAAAAAAAUAAAACCGAUAAACCGUUAUUUGAAAUUAUUUUUUCAAAAAAUGUUGAUAUCUAUAAAUUAUGUUCUAAUAAAUUACCACGCUGUGGAAAUUCCCCAUUUUUCCCACAAUUUUUAAAAGUAUGUUUGAGAAAAUCUGAGUGUUUUACUCAGAAAAAGUGUUUUAAAAUACACAAAAAAAAAUUAAUUUUAUAUAUCUAAUUAUAACCACAAACCACAAUUAUACAUAUACAUUAUACAUUUUUGUUUUUAUAAAAUACUAUAAUUCCAUGUUCUGUAUAAAUAAAUAAAAUGGUGUUUAAAUUCGAUUAACUUUAAAUUUUAGAUUUCUUUAUUAUAAUAUAUGUUUUGCUUUGUCAGGUAUGUCGUUUACGGCCCUUUGGGCGAUCUUUUUACCGCCAGUAAAGCAGAGUCUUUACUUCCAUAAAAGAAAAAAAGUAGACGACACUACAAUGGGACAGUCCACCGUGACCAUCUAUAGUCCGGAAAAGUACAACCAAGCUAAAAUCGGCAUUGAAAUACCCGCUACCAUCGAACAGGUAUUAAUAACAAAGCUUCCAAAUCGUAUUAAACGUUACAUUAUAUUUUUUUUAAUGAUAAUUAUAUAUUUCGAUCGAUUUAAUCGUCGGUUUCACUAUAUGGUGUAUUUAGAAUUUUGCCCAAAGAGGGAGAUAAUAAAUUUAAAAAUCGUGUCGUACAUUGUGUAUCGUGUUUAACCCAGGCUAAAAAAAAAACCAACUUGUAGUUUAUAUAUUUUCAUAAGCAAUUUAUUAUUCAAUCUGUCCUAAAAUUAUAAUUGAAAUCUAAUAAGUUAUAAGUAAAGACCGGAUUUAAUUGCACUUCAAAUACACAAAAAUUGCAUAUUAAAAUCAUAUAAUUAAACCAAAAAAUACGUACAAAUUGCAUAAUAAAUUGCACUAUAAAAAUGCAAAAGUUAUGUAAAAAAAAAUUAGAUAAAUGUUCCUUUUUUUAAAUUAAAAUUGAUAAUUAAAGACAUUUUUAAAUUAUUUUCCUUAAAAUUAAAUCUUCUAUUACUUAAAAUAUGUUUGUACAAAGAAAAACUAUGUUCUAGACAUAGGUCUACACUAGUUAUUGUUGCAUAUUUAAAGCAAUUUAAUAAAGUAGGCGUUACAUCUAAAUUAAUAUUUGCUUUAUCUGAUAUGACUCUAUAAUAAGACUUUAAAGUUUUAUACCCUUCAUUUUUUUCAAUUAUAUACAUACAUUUUUCUUUAAUUAUUUUUCCCAUUCGGACCAGGAGUAUUAUGUUAAAAUAUCUUCAAUUUUUCUAAAAAUAUCCACGCUUUUCAGUGAUUCAAUAUUAGAUUGUUCCAAAUUUUUAACAUUCAUGGAUAAAUCGGAUAAGUGAAAUUUUAUGAAUGCUAAACCACACUUGACUGCAUUAUUUUGUACAAGCUGUUUCAGCUUUUCGACACUUAAACAAGUGAUCAUCUCUUAAACUUUCAAUCACGUUUUUAAACGCUUCAAAAUUAUUUGCAUAGAAAAGUGCAGCAUUUAACCAUGUACCCAGUCUUGUAAUAAAAGGUUCGGGUGGUAAAGGUAUUCCCGGCAUUUCUUUUCUGUAUUUAUUUAUUCUCGAUGGUGUUUUUAGGAAAGCUCAUUUUCCUGAAAUAAACGAAAUAUGUUACAUAUGUAUUUAAAUUUUAAAUAGGUACUUCCAUUGUUAAUCAAUUCAUUAAUGUCGGGAUACAAUUCUCGAUUUUUCUCUAGAACUCAAUUAACUGCGUACUCCAAAUGUGUAAUUAUGAAUUAAUUUCGGGAAAAAUAUUUUUAAUGUUUUUGCUGCUUUGAUCAUAUAAGUACCAGCAUCACUAAUAAAAAGUAAUACUUUUAUUCAAUACCAGGAAAUAUUUUUAACGAGGAAUUAAUAAACUGACAAAUAGUUUCAUAAUUGGUGGAUUCUAGUUCUUCACAUGCAACUAAAUAUGAUUUACUAGGCGUCGCAUCUAAUUUACCAAUUAAUAAAUUUGCAAUAGCCAAACCUAAACGAAAACAGUAUAUUAUAUGAGAAAUUAAAAAAAUUAUUUAUAAAAACCUCUUGGAUCGGUUGUUUCGUCAAAAAAUAUGUAAACGUAAUUAUUUCUCAUAUCACUAAUUAUUUGAUCCAUAACGAUUCUAUAAAUAUUUGAUAUUUAAUUUUUUCUUAAAAGUGCUUUCGUCCGGAGUUGAUUUUCCAGUAUGUUUUUCCAAAAAAUAUUUUAACGCAUGAUUGUUUUUAUGUAUAGGAAUAUUUGCAGCAACAUAUGCAUUACAUAAAUCUUCAUAAAAUAAAUUUUUACUAUUCGCAUUUUGAGAAGUAAUCAAAAGCUGUUUUUUUUUUAAUACAUUUGUGUGUUAAACUAAAAAAGAUAUAUAUGUAUUUUUGAAAUAUUAUGUAGUAUAUUACGUGUAAUAUGAGAAUAAAAUACAAAACUUCCUUGUUUUGGAAUGAUGAUCUAAUAGAUAUUUUGUUUCAGUAGACACAGAUUUGUUACAUACGAGACAAUAUAUAACUUUUACAUCCGAUGAAAAUAUUUCUUCAUUUUCAUUGAAAGGAGCAAUUCAAUUCAAAAUUUUACUUUUUAAAGUUGAUUUUAUUUUAGGCAUUAUGUCGAAUACGUUCGCUGUGCGGUAAAAUUGAUCAAAGAAAUAGGUACUAAGGUACCAACAGGUAAACGCACACGAAUCGUUUUACUACUACGUUGAAUUUAAUUACCACCAUAAAUAUAUAGACGCUUAUCGCUCGCUGGGCUCUUCAAGCUUCUAGAAAAUUUCAGACGAACGAUAAACGUCUUAUGAUUUAAAAACAUAUGAAAAUUGCAAAAAAUUGCAUUAUCAAAUUAAAUAAACGGAAUAUUUUUAGUAUAUAUUAUCGGCUAUGUAUUUAAUCAGAUCUGAUUUAUCUUUAAAGCAAAACAAGUUGCAAUAUCAAUUAAAUCCAGUCUUUAGUUAUUAGUAUAACUGCCUAGUAUACCUACAUAUAUAGGUAAGUAAUUAGUAUUCAUUAAUUUACUAUUUUCUAACCUGUUUCGUAUUUUAUUGGUUUGUUUGUAUGUAGCUGAGUUUCGUUUUAAACAAGAAUAAAUAUAUACGUUCAGAAUUUUUUGAUAACACAGGUCUAUUAAAUAUUACACAGUAUUUUAGAUUUUUUCGCUAUUGAAAAGCAGAGAAAUUUGAAUUUAAAAAUAGAUGGUCGUUUAAACAAUACAUAAGUACUCAACAAAGAACGAUGGAGGAGAUAUUGCUUCUUAAACUUCCGCGCAUUCCCUUCCGGGCUUCGGCAAUUGAAUAGCUCUUAUAGAAGGUCUAAUAGGAGGUAGGGUAUAUAUAUAUAUAUAUAUAUAUCUAUAUUCCCAUUUUGAAAUCGGGUUUAUACUGCUCCUUAAAUUUCCCACAUCGUAAAUACGCCAUUAGUUUAACCGAUUAUCCGGUUUAAAUUACUAAUAAACAGUACAGUAUAAUAUCAUGAAAUUAACAAUAUUAUUGAUUUUUAACAAUUGUCGAUGCUCAUGCGUAUAGAAAGUCGUAGAAGAUCCCAAAAAACAAGAAACUGAAGAACAAUACAGCGUUAUCAACACGCUGUACAGAGAUUUCAAACAGUCGUAUUCCGAUCCGUACGUCCGGAAGCUCUGCUUUUGGUGGGCUGUGGCGAUGGGCGGUUACUUACAGGUACCUACAUAAUAAAUAAUAACAAUAAUAUUUAAAAUGAGAUACCCGCAAUAUUUCUCUAUUAUAACGCGAUUUGUCUAGGUUUACGCGUACAUAAACGUACUUUACACGUACGUGUUGGAAGAAAACGAAGAUACUGAAUUCACACUGUACAACGGAGCCGCAGAAUCUUUGAACACGCUUUUGGGUACCUAUACAUUUUAUACGUAUAACUAUAUUAUAAUCAAUGAACAUUUUUAUUUCGUGGGAGAGAUGGGCAAAGGGAAAAUAUUAAACACUUUACUAUGAAAUCGGAAUAAAUCGAAAUAAAAUAUGUAUAAUGUUUGAACUAAAGAAAAAAAAAAACCACCAGCUUGCGUAAUACAAACAUAAAUUAAAGUGGUAUAAAUAUACCUUAAUCGUUUCGCUGAAAUAAUAAAAUAUAAUUCGAAUCGAAUUGGUAGGGGGAGGCAGUAUAAAUCGGGAAAAUAAUAUUCAGGUAUGUUAUUCGCGCACCGAUUGAUAAAAACCCAAUGGCGGGAGCCGGGAAGUCUAACACUUCGCUCUCCAACUCAUGUCGGACUUUUAAUUGCAAAUAAACUCCCGUUUGUUUGUUGACAGAACCGUGUCGGGUAAAAGGUAAAAGGGGCGAAACGCCGAUGCGAAAAACAUCUUUUUUUUCAUGGUAACAAAAAUAUUUUAGAAACCAAUGAGUGUUCUAUUAUUUUCCCGAUUCAAUUGCGGCCUGUGUUUUAUGCGUUCCCUUCGGCGCGCCAGCUAAAUAAAUAUAGGUAAUAGUAUUUAUGUUAAAAUCGCGUAGCCACGUGUGUGAUAGAACUUAUGAAAGCGACGGUUAAAAAAUGUAUAAUAUGUAGGUAAGUAUACCCAAUUAAAGAUAAUUGAAAUGGCAAUCUUUAUAAUACAGAGAUAGGAGAUAUUAUCACGUUGGUGAAUCACAAUAAUACGAGUAGGUACGCGAAAUUUUCCCGGCUUUUUAGUCGCCAAUUUUAAAGUCUUUUGGAUCGCGCAAAUCUCUACACGUUUUCCCGCCGAUUUCCGCCUAAAUUAAACAAGUCAAUUCAGCAUAUUUUCUGCGGUCAAAGCCUUCUCGCGUGUUUUUCUACCGACUGUGGUUCAUUUUUUAAAUAGAUAUCCCAAGCAUCGCAUUUAAUAAUAUCGUACUUUGUACACAUAUUACGCAUAUACCGAGAUAAAAAAAAAAAAAAACUUACAAAUGCGAAUCGAUACGGUGUACAGCACUAAUUUUAUUAAUGCUCCGCGGUGAUAUAAUUAUACCGAUCGCGCGUAAUAAAUAAUAAUAUCUAAUUCAGUGUCGAAUCCCCUACGUUAACAGGAGUUUUGUCAGAAUAUAAUAUUAUUAUUACAUCAUUUACAUGCAAUGAGUCAUGGAAACACAAUACUACGUGUGUACUACGUCACACAACAAUAAUACUGUUACAAAAUCGGCGUCGGGGUUUUGUUUAAUUUUUGAUUAUUCAACGACAAGCGUAUAAAACCCUACGCCAGUAGCGGCCCUGAAAUUAUUUUGAAGUACGCGAACGAACGAUAUGAAUGUUACCAACAGGGGGAGGGAGUGCUGGUUAAAUCGAAACGAAAAUUAUACCCAGAUGGGGUCUACAAAUGAAAAAAUCAGAGCAGAUACCGGUUACGGGUGUUCCGUUGUUGUAAAAAGUUGAGAAAGGUGGGAUACAUAGUUAUUUAGUUAUUGUAUUUGUGAUAAAUUAUUGCAAACUGUGUAGAUCGUUUAUACAUAUUUUUAAAUUUUAUUGUAAUAAUUUUCGUCAAAAUUUGAAUUUUAAACGCUUAUAUAUUAUAAUAAUAAUAAAAAAAAAUAAUACUAAAUUACGUAAACAUUUUUUUUACCGCCAAGUAUAACUUAUAACAAGUUCGUGUUAAAUCGUAAAGUAUUACUAUUCGGCCAGAACAAUUUUAUUCAGAUAAAAUCGGUUAAAAACCAAAACAAUUCAAAAAUGUAAAAUGUCUAUAAAGAACACAAAAAUCGCUAAAAUGAUUUGACGAAUUCGCCAAGUACAGGAAAUGCAAAUAUUAUAUUGUGAUAGAAACUCGAAGUUUACGAUUAUUUUUAAUCAAUAAUCAAUUAAACAAUAUCGAAAAUAACGAAACCUUUACUGCCGUAAAUUCAGUGGAUAAAAUGGGGGGAGGGUUAUAAGUUAAUACAAUAUGAAAACAUUCUAAUAUUACAAAUAUUUUUUUAGGGGCUAUUUCGGCUUUUACCAUAAGCAAAGUAAAAUGGAACUGGUAUUCCGUUGGUGACAUGUUCUUCGCGGUCGGAUCACUCGUGGCUACCGUCGUAUUGCUGUGUUUAGUUUACUGCCGAAACUUGUGGUUUAUCUACGCUUUCUACAUUGUUUACGGGAUGAUGUAUCAGACCAUGUUGACUAUUGCCGAGUGAGUAUUAUUAUAAUAUUUGAAUUUGUGUUAACGAGAAAAAAAACGGACAUACUUCGCACGUGGGUGCAAUCGCUGUUGUAGGUGAGAAGUUGGGAAGGUAGUAUACAAACGGGAAUUCAAUGUAUAUCCGUAUAGGCAACGAUAAACAAUUGCUAACGAAAAAACGAUUCUGAGCGGAGUUCAGUUGAUAGUGUUGCUUUGUCGACAAUAUAUAUGUCAUAUUAUGGUAAAAUAUUAUUACAAUGCGCGUUUCCAUGACAGCAAUGAUUUUUUAAAAAAUAUUAAAAUAAUAAAAACUUAAUAAUAUAAAAAUGGUUGCAACUUUGACAAUUUUAUUCUUAAUCUUUCAAUCUUUUUUAACCAAAAGAACCAGGUUUUCCUCAUUAUCUUAAAUAUUAAUCAGAAUUUCAAAAAAUGACCUCACUAAAGUACCACCCAGAGAACAUUUCCUUUCAGAAAAAGUGUUCAUAUAAAAAAAAUAAAAAACAUCAUUGUAAAACCAAUACAUUUCUCGCUCCGUUCAGAAUCUAAAAACAAAAAAUAUAAUCUUCAGUUUAUACCAUUCGUUUUUACGAGUCGCGGUCGAACAACAGAAGGUUUUGUUUUGUUUUGUAAAAUAUCCAUUGUUUUCUAAAAAUAGCUUACAUAUAAAGUUUCUUAAAACAAACAAAUAUUAACAUCGAAUCAAAUAUCCCCAAUUGUCUCUAUAUAUUAUCCUUUGAAUAAUGUGUAUUGAUUUUACGCUCGUGGUUUCGUAUCUAUUAUUAUUAUUAUUAGAUGGAUACUUAAUUAAAAGACAUUGUUUUUGUUACAAUUUACAGAUCCGAAGUAGCCAAACGGUUAAAUGAAAAAUGUUACGGACUGAUUUUCGGUUUCAAUACGUUUUUGGCCGUGUGCAUAAACACCAUCAUCAUUUACGGAGUCAUUCAAGGUCAUUUUAUCAAAAUCAACAUAGCACAACAAGUAAAUAUAUUGCAUAAAACGAAUAAUACAACUUACAUAGCUUAACCAUAUACCGAUACAUAAGACAACUAGAUAGCAAACUCGGGGUAAACGUGGCAGCCACAUACUAGGAGAUGAACCGUAUUGUGCUAAAUACGUGUGACAGUUCGAACAAACAUUUGUAUUUGUUUCUGUCAGGUCUGCCUUAAAGAAAUUUCUAAAUCAUCGCACAAUCCAUGGCACAAACCGUUGGCGCAACCAGAGUCAAAAUUUUGGAAGACUCUGAAAUUAUGUAAUAUAUUCACGGGCUUGCAAGGGCUAUACCACCACAUCCCCCGAUACCGUUCCUUAAUUUAGUUAAUAUUUAUUUAAAUAUAUUUUCACAUUUUAAAUAUUUAUAUGCAAUUUCCGCUAAAAUACUCAUUCAGUAUAUCUGUGAAAGUGAUGUUGUUAACUACACUUUAAUCAAUGUUCAAUAUUAAUAACUUUGCGAAUCGUUCUAUAUUAAGACCUUGGCCAAUCUUUUAAACGAAACAUUGAUGAAAAAACAACGUGUAACGGCUUAUACAAAUGUUCGAUUAAUGUUCUUUUUAUAAAUAUAUUUAGCGAUAACUAUAUUUUAGGACGUGUGUCAAAUAUGUGGUGACUCGUCCAACUAUCUACAGUAAAAAUAUCUCUGUCAAAAUUUCUCGUUCAGAGAUAAUCAUAAUGAUUGUACUUUGUUCUUCCGUCAAUCAUGGCCCGCUUACCAACACGAUUUAUAUCGAUAAUGGCUAAGACGUAAACAGUUUAAAAAGUGAUCAGAUCUACUCGUAAAAUAACAUUUUUUUUAUUUUAUUUGAUUUUAAUAACCUAAAUAAUAAUAGAACCCAUAAUAGAACCUCUUUGGUUGGGUGACAAUAAAAACAUGUUUUCUUUUUUAUAUACCUUUUCGUAUUGAAGAUAAUUUGACAGAUAUAUAUUAUAUUGGAGAUAAUUUGACGGUGAUAUUUUUACUGUAGAUAUUCUGUUGUACAACCAAAUAGAUAUACUUAAAUAGUGUCUGAAAACCACGUACUAAGAAUCCGGAGCAGUGGGAUUUCAACGGGGAUCUCGUAUAAUAUCCAUGAACCAUUCAUCUUUUUGAUAGAAACGUCAGAUAAAAAAACCAAUAGAGAAAAUAAAGGCUUUUUUAAAAAAUUAUCUUUGAUUUUUAGGGCUAACAAAGUUUUAGCACUCUCAAGCACCCUAUUAGUUAUAGUUGCGACUUUGGUACAAACAAAUUUAUUAAUCAAAGACAUCUGCAGUUUUCUGAAUGAAUUUUAAAGUGCCCAAAAUUAAAAAAAAAUCAACUAUAAAACUCAAUUCAAAUAUUUAAAAUAUUUCCAAUGUUAAUGAUUUAAUUAUAUUUAACGUUCUAACAGAAUUUAUUAUAAUUGAGAUUUAUGAACAGUAUAAAUAACAAUUUUAAAUUUCAUCGACAAUGUAUGUAGGCACAUAUAAUUUAAUAAUAUGUACUUAAAUCUUUUUUUUUAUUUUCAGUUUUUAAUAUACGCUGUGUUGUACGGAUUUUUGGCGGUAAUAUUUUUCGGCACUAGCAUUUUAAAACUGUUUAAAGACGAAGGGAUUGUCGAAUACAAAUAAUGAACAAAAUGUAGCACGAGGUAUUUUUAUAAAACUAUUGCUGAUCAGAUAAUUUUUUUUUUUGUUUUGUACGUAGUAACAAAUGUAAUUUAUUUUAUCAAUAGGGUAAUAUCAACAGGUAUGUGAAUUAUUGUUUUUCGUAAAAAAAAAAUGAUAUUUAUAUAUAUAUAUAUAUAUAUUUUGUAUAUUUAUGUGUAUUUAUAUAUUAUAUUAUUUUACUUUAAUGUAAAAAUACAAAAU